AUGCGUGAUAAUGAUUCAAAUAUAUCACAAGACAUCCGAGAAAUUGCUGAAAAACUUAUAGAGAACAAAAAGACCGAUGUUAAUAAAGUAAAUAGCUUGUGGAACAAAGCUAACAAGAAUAAAAAGAAAAAGCAAUAUGUAGUUCCAGAAAUGAGUCACCUUUUCCCCAAUGAAGAUGUACCUAUGCAAGCCAAUGGUUCAGUAAAUAUUCUUGAGGUGGUGAAGUCCGUUGUACGAACUUUUGACAAGAAUACUAUUGCACAGGGAUCUUUCCGCUCUUACAAAAGUUCGAAUCAUUUAUGCAUAGAUUCUAAGAAACGUGCAAAAGUUCCUAGGGAGAGCGUCUAUGACGCAGAGAUGUACCGAAUCUUGCAUAAUUGGCUUGUAAAGGUACAUGGUUUUGAAAUAACUGGACAAUGGCAUCUAGAGAGUAUAUGUGCGGAUGGUGAUUUCCAUCAUUUUUAUUGCGACCUCACUAUAAAGAAACAUGAUGCCACUAAUCCUGUGGCUAUAUUAGAGUUAUUGGCAACAGUAUCCCAACCAAAAUUAGAUAAUCAUUUUGAACAGGUAUUUAAGUAUGCCGAGCAACUUUGCCCUCUGGAAGUUUGGAUCGUGCAUUUUUCUCGCGAGGAUGCUGUUGUAACGGAUCCAUAUUGGCCUUGCAAUGAACUUCAGGAUAAGGGGCUUAAUGUUAUCCAUUUAUGGCACAACAAAGAAUUUACAAAUGUCCGAAUGAGUUCCAGAUCACUAGAUGCAAUUGGUCCAGAUGAUUUUCCGGAAGUUGAGUUAAGUGAAUCUACCAUAACUCCUAUCCCUUCUGCUCAUAUCUCUAAAUCUUCAGGUCUAGGCGAUUUGCCAAAAACUCAGGGGUUUAACUCAGAUUUCUCUGACAAUGAUGAGGUAAAUAAUUGGAGUGCAACGUACUCUGAUAACGAUGAUGAGGCAGGAGAUGAAUAA